AAGUCUUCCUGCUGAAGUUCGGGUGCCAUCUUCAGUUUCCAGCUGAUCACUGGGCGACAGCCCGUGGCUGCGCCGACCCGCAUGGUGAGCCCCGUCGGGCCAAACGUGCGCCGCACACCAUUUUCGCUUGAGUGUCGCCUCCGAAAAUGCCAAUGCCAAAUCAGCAAGGACAACCACAACUCGACAAAUGCAACAUGAGCCACCACCUCCCCUGAUUUGCUCCUUGUUUUCUUUGUUUGGCAUGGAUCGAAGCAUUGCUCACGUCGAAAUUGUUGGAUGAUGGAUUUGGCUGGAUCUUGUGACCUUUGCAAAAGCCAAUGAUGAAGCCGUUGCUUGAAGAUAUUGCUGGGAAUACUGAUGUUGGUGAUGAAUGCUUCAGAAGCGCCAAAAUUGUGGGGUCAGCGACGGGGAUGCGCAAAGGUGUUUGUGAAUGCAGCGCUCACAAGAAAUUUUGCUCAUGGGUUGCAUGUCCUUGUGAUGCCACUUGCUUUGGGGUAGGUUUACCCUGGUUUUGUGAUGAGGCGGUGAUGCCAUGCUGGGGUGCUUCAGGUCCGGAUGCGGUGGCCGCUUUAGCAGGGCAAAUGUUUCCUGUCUUGGGUGGUGACUUCACCUACGCUGGCGAUUUGGGCUUUAUCCUUGGUGCUCUUGUGACUUUGAAACUGGUGCAUGGGCUGCUAAUGCUACGUGCAUAUCAUGGCUGCUGCAAUUGCAGGCGCCUGUGUGCCUUUGCCAGUAGAAGCUCUGCAGAGGAUAUGAUGAGUCCUGAUACUCGACGACAUCGACGUGUUCCCUAGUAGCGUCCUUGCUCCUAGUAGUGAUGCCAGGAGCCCCUAGUAGCGUUCUUGUUACUACUAGUAAGGCACUUGUUACUAGAAGCGAUGCCCUUUGCUCCUAGAAUUCAAAUCUUCUCUCUCGACCUUCCACCGCUACAGCGGUGAAGGUGAGGCGUUUUGACAGCCCCGUUCGCCAGCUUUGCUUGCCUUCAUGCUGCCAAGAGGGCGAAGGGACCCGAAGUGAACAACUGAGGGGAACUGUACAGAAAAAUUCGAGCAUGCAACAUCGAACGUCGGGCGGCUGACGUUCGUUCUCCGCUGAUACCACCUCGGCCACAACGGUUGGCCGAAGUGUUUUUUUCCCUCUUGCGGCAGUUGCACCUGCCUCCCUAAUGGGAGGUAUCGGUGUGAGUGCGACUCCCCGUGCACCAAAAAGAA